UAUUGAUAUGUCAAAUAAAAGAUGAAAAAUAUGGAAAUAAAGUUCAUUGAAUUUCAUUGGAAAUUUCCCCUUUCUACUGUUUUUUUUUCCCACUUGCACCUUUUUUAUUGUUAUGUUCCAUUUCUUGUUUAGUUAAUUAUGAUCGAUACAUGCUGAAUAAAAUCUUCAAUAAGGGUUUUUCCUAUUUUGUUUCUCUAGUCCACCCAUGGAGUCUGUUAUUUGUAGUUUUUUUUUUUUUAAUUCAAUUUUUUCAAACCUCUAACAGUGAUAACUUUCUCGUUUAGGGUAUCUUUGCUGGGGAAUCUAAGGUGAGUUGGCUGUGGAAUUCUAAUAAGGUUUUGAUAGAAAAAGAAAGAAGAGAGAAGAAAAGUUAUAUUGAUUGGAGUUAUUGUAGAGGAUUGAUGUGAUUGCUUUCAGUCCAUAAUUAUAUCUGUCAGCCAACGGCUCUUCAUCGCUUUGUCUCACCUUUUUCCAGUGUAUUUUGGCUUUUAGGGCCAAAUAAGAUGACGGGUGAAACCAAUGCCACAGGGUUUGGCGACACGACUUACACCAAGAUCUUUGUCGGAGGUUUGGCUUGGGAGACUAAAAGAGAUACCCUAAGGCGUUAUUUCGAGCAGUUCGGAGAGAUACUAGAAGCUGUGGUUAUCAAUGAUAGAAGUACAGGAAGAUCAAAAGGUUAUGGCUUUGUAACAUUUAAGGAUGCGGAUUCGGCGAUGAGGGCUUGCUAUGAUCCAUUUCCUGUGAUUGAUGGAAGAAGAGCAAACUGUAAUCUUGCAUUUUUUGGUGCUCAAAAGAAUCGUCCAACUUCUGCCUCUCAGCAUGGGAUGGAGAAAUUUAGCCCGCCACCUCGAGUCAUGGCACCAUCCAGUACCGGUACUCCGGCAUUUUACCGUCAACUCAUCCCGCAAUAUGCAUUUCCUUAUUCAGCUUAUGGGUAUCCUGGUUACACACAAGACAUUUAUUCAAUGAACUAUUACAAUGCCUAUGGAGGGCAGCAGUUCCCAUCCCAUUACACCACUGGGACAUCCGGAUCACCUGGAGCCUACUUAAGUUACUUCCCACUCUAUCCCCAACAUGGACAGAGCAGCCCAAGUCAGUAUCCGAAAAUCACCCAGUACCCUUACUCGUCUGGGCAAUACCGUGCAUUUGGGACCUUGACACUUCCUCCAGUAGCCUCUCCAUCAUCGCUUGCUGCCACCGCUGGACCAGCCACAUCAGAAGUUUCCGGCAUACCAGGAACUGCCUCUGCACAAAAUUCAUCAGUGUAAUGCCAGUGAUUAGAAUCAGUAGAAACAGUGGAAAUGAUACUCUCUACAAGCUGAAAACAAAGGGACGGGGUUUUACAUUUUCUUUUUUUCACAAAAAUCACGCCUCAAUGGCAAAGACUAGA